CACCAUCUAAACCUCACCUCGUCUCUUGUCUUGUUCCCGCCUCUUGUAUUUUACACUCUUCAUGACUGCGGCCCUUCUCGUUCAGUGACGGACUUCCGUCUUCAACCACUCCUUCUCCCUCACCACGCGACAAUUUAUUCAUCCUUUGCCUACCUUAUCUGCGACCUCUCCAUUUGCGACAUCUCCCCGCCUCGACCGCUACAUACAAUAUCUUUACCUACCUAUACCGUAUCUCGAACAUGACGGGCCCUGCCUCUCCUCAGGCCGAAGGCCCCACGUUUGCUCCCCCCCCGCUGCCCGCGGGCUGGAUUGCUCAAUGGGAUGGCACAAGCAAGAAAUAUUAUUAUGUACAACUGUCGACCGGUGUUUCGCAGUGGGAGGUUCCUACUGAACCAGCCAAAACGGGAAAUACUCCAGCUCCCCAGGGCGAACAUCCUUACGGCGCUCCCAAACGUUCGGAACUCAUCACGCAUCCUGAUGGAUCGCAAACUGUGCGCCAUGCAGAUGGUACCAUGGAACCAAUUAUGCCGGACGGCACCCGAGGUGUAGAUGGUCCCUCUGGUGAACGGGGUCUUGGAAGCAUGGCUAUGAACGCUUUGCUCGGCGGAAAGAACUCUGGUCAUGGUGGUAGCAGCAGCGGUGGCCACAGCUCCAGUCCAUUGGGCAAUCUCGGCGGUCUUGCAAACCAGUUCCUCGGCGGCAGCCAUGGUGGUAGUGGCGGCAGCAAUGGAGGAAGCAAGCCCUCGGGCGCAGGAAAGCUCGUUGGGCAACUGGCGUCGAGCUUUAUGCACUCGGCUAGUCAGGAGAAGCCUCCUGCCCCCCAAAAUUACCAUGGUAAUUCCAACCAGAGCUCAAGCCAUCAUCAGGGAGGCCUCGCCGGGCAGCUUAUGGGUGGCGUUGCAACUAUGUUUGGCGGCAAACACGGCAGCAGUGGACAAAACUCCAACUUUGGCUAUAGUUCUGGGCAACAGCCGCAGCAGCAGCAGGGAGGUGGUGGAACGUACUCUGGCGAGGCACCAACCUACAAUCCUACGGGCUCAGCUCCCCCGGUCGCUUCAGCGCCCCCCGCGGCCGGUGUGCAUUCCUAUGGCUCUCCAUCCCCGAACCAGCAUCAACAGCAUGGCUCGAACCAACAGUACGGUUCUCAACACCAACCUAGUCAGAAUCAGACAUACGGAUCGCAGCAGCAGCCAGGUUCUCAUCAGCCUUUCAACUCGCAUCAGCAACAGCCUGGCGGAAACCAGCAGUAUGGUGGUCAGCAACACUCUGAGCCAGGCCAGCAGUACAGCGCGCAUCAGCAACAGCCCGGUCAGAAUGGCCCUUAUGGAAGUCAUCAGCAGCAGCCUGGCUCGAACCAGCAGUACGGAGGCAACUCUUCUUUCGGUGGGAGCCCUCAUGGUUCUUCGAACAACUCGUUCCCUCCUCCUCCCCCAGGAGGCCCUCCCCAGCAUGGACAAAAUGCACAACAGGGACAACAAUACUUUCCUCCACCCCCUGGACAACAGCCACAUCAACCGUCUUCUGGUACAGGCUUUCCUGAUGUUCAAGCGCACGGCGGCCACUUUGGCGGCCCGCCUGAUCAACAUGCUCAGCAGUCACAGGGCUAUAGUGCACCACCGCCAAGCUCAGGCAAUCAGAACUUUCCUCCUCCUCCACCUGGAGCCCCUCCCGGAGGAUAUAACCCUUCCUAUAACGCAGGCCAGGGGAACCAGCAGUCUUACGGUGGCCAGUCGCAAUUCAACAGUGGCGCUCCUCCUGUGCCUCAUGGUUCCCACCCUCAGUAUGGAGGAGCUUACUGAGAGACUGCAAUGAACCUGUACGGAACAACCGCAGUAUUUAUGCCACUCUUUUGAGUUAUCAACCACCUGAAUCGUUUUGGUACGAGACCGCAAGAAUAUCCCAAGCCGAAGAAAUUUACAGCUCUCCUGUCACAUCCGACACUUGGAUGCUCGAUAUGAAAGUGUUUUUCGAU